GGAGGGAUUAGGGGCGGCCUGCGAGGCUCCGCCUCCUUUAGGGCCUGCCGAGGCUGGGGCUGAGGGUAGCCCCACCCCCUUGGGACACUCGCCACACGCGUGCGCAGUGGGUCGCAGAGCCGCCAUGCCGGAACCGUGCGGGUCGUCACCCCUUCGGGUAAACGCGGCGUUUGCCGCGCGGUACGGCCGCUACCGGGAGCGCGAGGAGCUGCAGCGGCUUAAAGAUCGCUACGGGGACCGAGACAGCGGCGGCGACUCCAGCUCUGAGUCCGACUCUGGCGACGAGCGCGUGGAAUUUGAUCCCCAGCAAGAACGUGACUUUUACAGGACUCUCUCCCUGUUGAAGAAGAAGGACCCCCGCAUUUACCAGAAAGAUGCCACCUUCUAUCAGAGAACAGUAUCCUCCUCGGAGAGUGAGGAAGCGCCAGCAGCCAAGGAGAAGCAAAAGAAGAUGCGGCCCAUGUACCUGAAGGACUACGAAAGGAAGGUUAUCUUGGAGAAAGAAGGCAAAUAUAUCGAUGAGGAAAAUUCAGAUGAGGAGACCUCCAAUCAGAGAUUCCAGAUCUCGUCAAAAAGUUACGCAGAAGAGCAGAAACAGCUCAAGGAAAGCUUCCGGGCUUUUGUGGAAGACAGCGAGAGUGAGGACAGUGCCGGGGAGGGUGGCUCCGGGUUGCUGCAGAAACGCGCUAAAACCAGGGAGGAGAAGGCCCAGGAGGAUGCGGACUACGUGGAGUGGCUGAAGGGGCAGAAGGAGAUUCACAACACUGAUACCCUGCAAGAACUGACCCACCUCAAAGAAUAUUGGAACGACCCAGAGCUAGAUGAAGGCGAGCGGUUCCUGCGAGAUUAUAUUCUUAACAAACACUAUGAGGAGGAGGAGGAGGGCGAGGAGGAAGAAGAGGAGGAGGAGGAAGCGGGCCCCAGCCUCCCCGUCCAGCUGGCCGUGGAGGAUUCCUCGGAUGAGGGGGAGCUGUUUCUGAAGAAGCAGGAGGACUUUGAGCACAAGUACAACUUCCGCUUCGAGGAGCCGGACUCGGCCUUGGUCAAGACCUACCCUCGAAGCAUCGCGUCCUCUGUGCGCCGCAAGGACGAGCGCAGGAAGGAGCGGAGAGAGGAGACGAGGGAGCGAAAGAAGAGGGAGAAAGCGAAGAAGCAGGAGGAGCUCAAGCAGCUGAAGAACCUGAAGAGGAAGGAGAUCCUGGCCAAGCUGGAGAGGCUGCGGCAGGUCACAGGCAAUGAGACACUGGGCUUCGAGGAGAAGGACCUGGAGGACGACUUUGAUCCUACCCAGCAUGACCAGCUCAUGCAGAGAUGUUUUGGGGACGAGUACUAUGGCACCACGGAGGAGGAGAAGCCGCAAUUUGAGGAAGAGGAAGGGCUUGAAGCAGAUGACUGGAACUGGGACACGUGGGCUGGGCCCGAGCAGGGUGGAGCUUGGAGCCAGCAGGAACCGCACUGCGAGGACCCCGACUUCAAUAUGGAUGCUGACUACGACCCCAGCCAGCCGCGGAAAAAGCGGCGCGAGGCCCCCUUGACAGGCAAGAAGAAGCGCAAGUCGCCCUUCGCCACGGCGGUGGGGCAGGAAAAGCCCGUGUUCAACCCUGGAGACAAGACGUUCGAGGAGUACCUGGAUGAGUAUUACCGGUUGGACUACGAGGACAUCAUUGAUGAUCUGCCCUGUCGCUUUAAGUACCGCACCGUGGUUCCCUGCGACUUCGGGCUGAGCACCGAGGAGAUCCUCGCUGCUGAUGACAAAGAGCUGAACCGGUGGUGCUCCCUGAAGAAGACCUGCAUGUACAGGUCAGAGCAAGAGGAGUUGCAGGACAAGAGGGCAUACAGCCAGAAGGCCCAGAACUCCUGGAAGAAGAGGCAGAUCUUCAAGUCACUUUGCCCAGAGGGGAUGGAGACACUCACGGAAGCCACAGGGAAGCCACAGAGAGACAAAGCCGACCCUCCAGGGCAGCUGCUAGCACCUGAUGGGGCCUGUGGGCAGCAGCCCCAGCCUGGGAGCCCCCCAGCACAGGAAGAGGCGGGUCCUGUGUCUCCCACCCAGAAGCCAGUCCCCCACAGGCGGAGGAGGGGCAAGAAGGCGCGUCUCCUGGGCCCCACCGUGACCCUGGGUGGCCGUGAGUUUAGCCGCCAGAGACUGCAGGCCUUUGGCCUCAACCCCAAACGGCUGCACUUCCGGCAGCUGGGCUGGCAGCGGAGGAAGCAACAGGGUCCCAAGAGCGGCCCCUGAGCUCCGGGGAGCAGGCAGGGGCCCUGGGGUUCCUCCCCUCCAAUCAAGCUUGGGGACUGUGUAGACCCUGGUGUCUGCCUGUGGCCGAAGAAGUUGUGGAAGUGAGGCCUACCUAACACGCUUCCCCCAGCAUCUCACCUUGAGACACGCCUUGGACCCCUUGGACCCCAUCCCUUAAAUGCUGGGCCCAGCCAUAGCCACAGUCAAAUUAAACGGCUUUAUUAGCCCCCAGUGGCCACAGUUCCCCCCCUCCCCUACCCCCCCCCCCCCCCCCCGUCCUUAGCAGGGUAGGGGCUUUGGGACCAGUGAGGGGCAUGGGUGGUCCAGUGCAAACUACAGUACUUGAGUCAGGCCCUGAGUGGGUGUCCGGAAGCUCUCCCUCCCUGCCCUGUGAGGAGGGCCCAGCUGGCGGGAGGCCCAUUGUCUGAAUGGCCCCAGUUCAGAGCUUUCCUGGACUGGUCUCAGCUGCGCUUGUCAAGGGAGUGAGAAGGGGAAGACCCAUCACCUCCCGAUGUCAAGCUCCCACACCCAGCAUGACAUAAAUAAAAAAAUAAA